CAGAUUUAAGACACAUGCUUCUGCACGCUUCCAUGAGGGUUGUGAAAAAGUUUGAAUCCAGAAUCGGGUUCCCGCCUCUGUAGCUGCAGACAUUGGUGGCCGCACCACCUCCUUACAAAGCAACUAGAACCUGGGGCAGAGGGUGGAGAGAGAUUUUGUUAAUUUGCUGGACAUGAAAUGGAUUUAGAGUGCUUUCUCAUUUCAAGUGGAAGACAUGUCCACCUCCUGAUUAUUUUUGGAGCAUGAGAACAUUUACAAUUCUUUUCAUCUCUCUCCCCCCAUAAGAUUGUGCAAAAACGUACCUUGACUAAUUGAAGUCGUUUCGUUGGAUUUUGAUCACAACUGAUUGUUUGUUUUCCAUGUGAAGUCUUGGGGUUUCGAACUUUCCUUCUGGAGGAUGCCUUUUGAAACAGUUUUCUCUAGCUGCCUGAUGUCAUCUGCUUGGUAAUCAGUGGAUAUUGAAAUAUUCAAAAUGUACAGACAGUGGGCAGUGGUGAAUAUUUUUAUGAUGUCUUAUCUGCAGUUGGUGCAGGGCUCCAGUUAUGAACAUGGACCAGUGAAGCGGGCAUCUCAGUCAAUGUUAGAACGGUCUGAACAACAGAUUAGGGCAGCUUCUGGUUUGGAGGAACUGCUGCGGAUCACGCACUUUGAGGACUGGAAGCUGUGGAGAUGCCGGCUGAAGCUCAAAAGUUUUACCAGCACAGACACUCGCUCUGCAUCCCACCGGUCCACCAGGUUUGCGGCAACUUUCUAUGACAUUGAAACACUGAAAGUCAUAGAUGAAGAAUGGCAAAGAACCCAGUGCAGCCCUAGAGAGACGUGCGUGGAGGUUGCCAGCGAGCUGGGGAGGAGCACCAACACGUUCUUCAAGCCUCCCUGUGUGAACGUGUUCCGGUGUGGCGGCUGCUGCAAUGAAGAGAGCCUCAUCUGUAUGAACACGAGCACCUCGUACAUUUCCAAACAGCUCUUUGAGAUAUCAGUGCCUUUGACAUCAGUACCUGAAUUAGUGCCUGUUAAAGUUGCCAACCAUACAGGUUGCAAGUGCUUGCCAACGGCUCCCCGCCAUCCAUACUCCAUUAUCAGAAGAUCCAUCCAGAUCCCAGAAGAAGAUCAUUGUUCCCAUUCCAAGAAACUCUGUCCUAUUGACAUGCUGUGGGAUAGCAACAAGUGUAAAUGUGUCUUACGGGAGGAGAAUCCACUCCCUGGGAUGGAAGACCAUUCUCAUCUCCAGGAACUGGCUCUCUGUGGGCCACAUAUGAUGUUUGAUGAAGAUCGUUGCGAAUGUGUCUGUAAAACUCCCUGUCCCAGAGAUCUCAUCCAGCACCCAGAAAACUGCAGUUGCAUUGAAUGCAGAGAGAGUCUGGAGAGCUGCUGCCAGAAGCACAAGAUAUUUCACCCAGACACCUGCAGCUGUGAGGAUAGAUGCCCCUUUCACAGCAGAACAUGUGCAAAUGGAAAACCAGCAUGUGCAAAGCAUUGCCGCUUUCCAAAGGAGAAAAGGGCUGCCCAUGGGCUCCAGGGUCGAGAAAAUCCUUGAUUCAACUUUGUUCUCGAGUUCCCCAUCUUGUCAUUUUAAACAGCAUUCUGCUUUGCCAAGUUGCUGUCACUGUUUUUUUCCAGAUGUUAGAAAAAAAUCUGUUUUACAUAGUACCAUGGUGAAUCCAGACCAACCUUCCAUUAAACACUAGCUGAGGAUUCCCUGGUUCACUGACAGAUGUCUUCUAACUGAAGAUGCCUCCGCACAACAAAGAAUGGAGAGGAGGAAACCUCUAUAACCCUUUUUUUUUUUGGUGAAGGAAAAAGGUUUGAUCAUCAUGGAAUGACAGGUGCCCUGUGACUGAUUACUCAGAGCAGACGAGGCAAUUCGCAUAGUCUCCGAGUCCUUUGCUAAUUGCAACUGUCUUGUGAAUUAUUCUGAUUCUCUUAUGCAGAUUUUGAUUUGUAUGAUCAGCACUGAUUUUCUGAUUACUGUCCAGCUUUUAGUUUUGAGUUUACAGAACUACUGUCUGUUGUUUCAUAUUUAAGCGUAUUUAAAGAAAAUAAACACCAUUAUUCAA